GUCAUUCUCAUGUAUUCACACUAUUCACAAAAACAUAACAAAAAUUGUUUAUUUCUAAAAAGUUAGUUUAUGUAUUUGAUUUUUUAUUUUUAACUUAAAUCUAUAAUAACAAUAAUUUUGCAUUGCAUUUUAAGUAGCUAAUAUUUUAUCUUUUUCAGAGUACAACGAUGGAUCAAAUAUCUCCAACGCCGUCGGCAAUUCCUCAAAUCGUGCAAGUUUACCCACCAGCAAACUCGAAGAUUCAGAGCCCUCACAUAAUACAUAUAUCACAUCAAACUUUGCAAUCACAAGGCAAAGUAGCUUACCAACAAAGUAUAGCUCCAAAGCCCCUUCACAUACCGGUUUCUUCACAUUUAGAAAUUCAGAAUCAGAUGUUGACACAAGAUCAGAUUGUUCUGUCAUGCCAGCAAGCACACCUACAGGAAUUAAAUCCGCCUUUGCAAGCUCCAAUGCAUCUGCGUCACAAUGACAUGGGGUCCACAGUGCAGAUUACUUCACACGUCAUCCUGCCUCAGAUGCCUGUCUUCAAGCAGCAUGUGCUAGUGAAUGGAGUACAGCAGCAGUAUUAUGAAUAUGAUCCGUAUCAGAAAGAAGAAAGUGUUGCAGAAAGUGAUCCCGAAGUUGUUGUGAACCAGCAGCUUGAAUGCAAAACUGAAAGUUCAAAUGAAUCAUAUGUAGCUCCUGUAAAACGCACACGAGGUGUGGUACGAAACCCUGAAAGGUGGGCUUGCAAUAUCCGUAAAAUGAAACACCAGAGAGGUGAAGCGUACAUUAGUAGAAGAGGUAAAUAUGUCCCGGAGAGAAAGGUGCGCAACAUGAAAGAUUGUUUACAGUCAUGCAAAUAUAAAUGCAAUGAAAAAAUCACUGACACAGACCGUGAACAUAUUUUCAAAGCAUUUUACUCUUUAAACGCAAAUGAAAAAAAACAUUUUCUCUUAAACACAACUGAAAGAAAUUAUGUGAAACAUAAAAUGGGUGAAACAAAUCACAGACGCAAGUAUUCAUUCAAGUAUUUCUUUCUUGUAAGAGCAGUUAGGUAUACAGUGUGUAAAAACUUUUAUUUAGGUACUCUAGCAAUAUCACAAAAGCCAGUAUAUAAUGUGCAUUUAGGUAAAUCUGAAAUGAACAUACCAAAACCAGAUGGUCGUGGUUUAUCAGAAGCCAGCACCCACAGCCUACCUCCAGAAGCUAAGGAACGAGUGAGACAACACAUAAUGUCUUUUAACACAGUGGACUCCAAGCCUAUUAAACAGUAUUCCAAAAAGAAGCAAUAUCUAGAGACAACAUUAACUAUAAAACAAAUGUAUAAUAUGUAUUUUACGGAUUGUAGUAAAGAGAAUUCAGUACCAGUAAAAGAGUCAAUGUAUAGAAAAAUUUUGAAACAAGAAUUUAAUUUGCAUUUUAAGAAAAUUAAAAAUGACCAAGAACUCUGUUGUAAGUGUAAAGGGGUCAUUAAGAAAAAGUCUUAAUUCAAAAUUACUUGUGUCCAACAAGAUUUUUGUAUUGCUCAAAAAAAGGCACCUAAUAUAAACACAGUUAUACAUUCAGAUCUCUAUUUGAUUGAAUUGACAAUAACUUUAUUUGAAAUAUUGCAUUUAAUUAAACAUUGCAGACUAUAUCGUCGUUGCGCUAGUCAAAGGGGUUUUAUAAAUGACUGAAAUUGUAUAAGAUAAUUUUAUAUAUAAGAGAAUUUUAUUAUACAAGUGUUUGUAGGUAAAAAAUAUGGCUUCAAAAUGUUUAUUUUUAUACAUUGCUAAAAUAGACUGCUUGUCAUAACAAAAUUAGAGGUACAAAUAUAAUAAAUUUUGUCUUCUAUUA